AUGUCAAGGAGUUUAGUAGGAAGGGCCUUGAGGGCAAAGCCGUCGAUAUGGGAGCAGCCGGCAGGAUGCAUCGGGCAGCAGCAACGGAGCUUCACCCAGACAUCGGUGUAUCAAGACAACCAGGUCAUCUUUGACAAAACCUCGAACGCAAAGCUAGCACCGAUCCUCGAAAGCAUCCAAUCCUCAAUCAUCCUCCCCUACUACCUCCCCGUCCACCAGCGCCAGCGCGUCUUCUCCGAGAAGAUGAAGCACAGUCUCCGCUCGAACCCGGUCUACGUCGAGGUCGACGGCUACGAGCACAGGUUCGACCACAUCGACACCCACUCGAUCCCCGCCUCCCGCGCCAUCACCUGGGAGGCCCUGCGCGCCAUGGAGUCCCCCGAGGACUGGAAGAACUUCGGCCGCCUGCUCGCCGGCAUGAGCGUCGCCGGACGCCGCUACACCCCGGUCGACUUCGCCAAGAUGAUCCGGAUCGCGGGCUCCAAGGGCCAGAUCUACUCCAUCAUCGAGGCGGCGCGCCAGGUGCGCCACACGUACUUCAAGCUCGACACCCGCGAAAAGGUCGGCAUGGUGAUGCACUACGUGCAGAUGCGCGCGGCUGCCAGCGGCUGGGACAAGGAGAUGACCGAGCAGAGCUUGCGAUGGGCCGAGAUGGUGCUCGAGAUGGUCCAGGACGAGAAGCACCAGUUCAAGCACAACCCGGCCGUCGAGCCCCAACAGGAGAUCUCGUGGCCGCUGCACAGAGACCCCCAGGUUAUCGGCGCGGUGCUGCAUCUGUCGGCGGUACUGGCUGUGAAGCACAACGAUGGCAAGGAUGUGGACGGAAAGGUGGCGCUGUACGCCCAGAAGCUCACCAAGACGUGGCCUUCCGAGAAGGGCCUGAAGACAUUGUACCACGACGCUGCGUACGAGAACGAGGUCAACGGUGUCAAGUACCUGACUGAGAGGACGCCGUAUCUGUCCAUCGCCAGCCCUAUUCUGCACGGUUUGCUCAUGGCCGGCCGCGUGGUUCAGGGUGGUCCGGCGAAGCAGCUGAAGGCUAUCUCGAAAACCCUCGGUACCGAGGUGAUGGAGGCGGUUAACGACAACAGCGUCCCUGCUCAGCGCGGCAUGGAUGCCUACAACCUCCUCUUCCAGUCCGGCGAGGCCGAGACCGAGUAA